AUGUUUCUGUGUAUAAGGGCCACUAGAGUACUAUUACGACGCCCGCUUUUUGUCACAUCUAUACGUCUACAGUCGAAGAAACCAGACUACCUAUCAAAUAUCAAUGAUGAAAAAUUGCGCAAGAUAAUUGAAGGCACCAAUCUCGGCCAGGAAUCAAAACAAAAGAAGAUCGAGGAGGAACGAAUGAAAUUGGAAAAGGAGAGGGAAGUUUCGAGAAAGUUGAAGGAAAAGGAACAGGAGGAGGAAGAAAAGAAAAAGAGAGAUGAGCGUAAGUCAGAACUUGCAAAGGCCAAUAAAAAACACGAAGCAGAUUUCAGUACUACAGAUUCUGGACAGCUUCGAGGGGUUGACGAGGAAUUCCACGAAAAGACUGUGAAAAGUGAGGAAAACGAUAAGGAAGAGAACCUAAGAGUAGAGAAUAAAAUAAUUGCUAGUACAGAGGAUGCAGCCGAUGAAUCAGACAUACCAAAUUUAGCCAAAGAAAUAAAUGAAACUAUUCAAGAGGAGAUUGGAGACUUGCCCUCUCAAAAAGCAAAACAACAAAGUCCAAUUACGAAAAAGAUAUCCCACUAUUUGGACUCGGCUCAUGAUACAAUACUCACUGUGACCAGGGCGUUGAAUGAUGUCACUGGCUACUCUGCAAUAGAACGGUUGAAAAAAUCUAUUCAAGAACAAGAAGAAGACUUAAAGAAGGCUAAAGAAGAGGUUAAAAAGUGUAAACAGGAGUAUGGUGAGGCGAUACAGAAACGAUCGCAUUCACAACGAGAAGUUAACGAACUAUUAACAAGAAAGCAUAAUUGGUCGCUGCAAGAUUUGGAAAGAUUUACUGAAUUGUACCGUAAUGAUCACCAAAAUGAAAAUAAUGAACAAGAGUGUGAACAGAAAUUGCAAGAUGCUGAGCUGAAGGUUGAUGGAAUUCAACUUAAGUUAACACAACUGAUAUUGACGAGGUACCAUGAAGAACAAAUCUGGUCGGAUAAGAUCAGAAGGUCAUCCACUUGGGGUACAUGGGUAUUGAUGGGACUAAACGUCUUGUUGUUUGUUAUUGCCACCUUUUUUGUUGAACCAUGGAAAAGGGCGAAAUUAGUGAGGGGAUUUGAAGAUAAAGUCAAAAAUGUGUUGGUUGGCAUCAGUCAACAAAAUAAACAGAUAUUGGAGCCAAUUAUAGAACAAUUAGAACAAGCAGACGGUGAUGUUAGCAAACAAAGUGAAGAUCAAUCGAAGUCGAGUGUCAAGGAGACUGUACAUGAAACCACUGGCGCCGGAUCUCUGGAUUAUCAUCUUCAACUACUCAAGGGCAAAUGGUCAAGCUUCAAAGAUGCAUGUGUACGCAAUUACCGGGCGAUUAUAUCACCUCAGGUAAAGUCGUUACAACUAGACAAAUUUGAAUUUGGAAUAUAUACGAUGGUAAUAAGUGUCCUAGCUUGUAGUCUAGGUUCGAUUGUCACUCUACUUUGUAAAUAG